AUGGUGACCGCGAACUCCGAUCGUCCACGCACACGCGCUAAGAAAGCCUGCAUGGCUUGCAAUUCUCGUCGAGUGCGAUGUAAUGUGCUUGAGAUGCAGCCAUGCCAGAAUUGUGUGGCAUGGAAUCUUGUUUGUGACGUAGGAGAAUCAAGACGGGGAAAGUAUCCUCGACGAAAGAAGAAAGCCUCGAUAGAUACUGAAGUAUCUCCAAUAACAACCAAUACGCCCGUGAACCAGAGUGUGCAAGAUGUCCAUGACCGUGGACUACGUUAUGUACCUUCUGCUCGUCCCGCGAUCACAGAGGAUGUCCAUGAAACCGUGUUUCUUGGCGAGUCCAGUCCCUUAACAUGUGUAGUUGAUGAAGGUCGACGAUCACCCGAAAAAGGGCCCACGCGCAGUAUUCAAAAAGGUCGAUUGCACUAUGCCAUUCCCGAGGUUCGUGGCAGUGAGAUUAGUGAUGAUCAGCACCGAAAAAUCCUCCAAGAUCGUCUCAUCCGUGAGAGCGCGUUGGUGUUCCCAUCGCCCACCAUUUGCGAUACUCUUCUUCAAGCAUACUUUGAGUGGUUUCAUCCCUGUUUCCCCAUUGUCGAUCGGCAAACGAUACAUCAGGCAUAUACCGAACAUACCAUCUCCCCCCUGCUCCUACAAGCGAUGCUUUUCAUAGGCGUGAGCCUGUGUUCAGACACAGCAUUGCGCACCACAGGUUUUACCAAUCGGUAUCAAGCCAAGGGGCUUUUUUACCAGCGCGCAAAGGAAAUAUAUGACGUUGGAUGGGAGACUGACAUGAUUAUCAAACUCCAAUCUCUAUUCUUGUUGAGCUUCUGGCGUGGAGGACCAACUGAGGAACGAGAUGUUCGUUUCUGGCUGGGUGCAGCGACCAGUAUUGCCCAGAAAAAGGGAAUGCAUGUGAUGUCAAAACUGCCUUUCCUUGGUGCGCGGGACCAAAAAGUAUGGAAACGGAUCUGGUGGGCUCUAUAUGUUCGGGACCAACAAACUUCGGCUGCGCUGGGGCUCCCUUCUCGUAUCCGUGAUGAGGAUUGCGAAGUGGCGGAGCUUGAAGAGGCGGAUUUUCUAGAGCAUGAUGAUAUCCCCUCUGAGAUUUUCCAAAAGCCACCUGCUGCCCAUGUGCCCUACGUGAUUGGAAUGGCUCAAUUGGCGAAGCUAUUACGGGAGGUAGUCUCCAGUCAGUAUUCCCCCUGUCGCACGAAGCUGGACAAUGUGUCUCGACCCAUGCUCCACCAGCGUCUGUUAGACUGGGAAUCUAAAUUGCCGACGGAGAUGCAUUUCCAAACAUCAACUAGGCGAGAGGUCACGUUCCUUGUUGGUAUGCUUCAUAUGGCGUAUAAUAAUCUCUACGUGUUACUAUACCGACCCAUCUUCUUACAGCCACCCAGUGAAUCAACAAGCAUGGAAGGCAAUAUGGCGCUAGAAGCAGCCACCAGGAGCACACGCAUUCUUGAAGACAUGCUCUCCGAAAACCUGGUGCAGCAUGGAUCGGUCCACCUCAUCACCCACACCUUCUCUGCACUGUGUAUCCACACCAUUCACUUCGGGCGCGUGACUGGGACGGCUCGAAAAUUAGCCGAACAUCGGGCCAAACUUUGUCUCCUCGGUCUGAAGGAACUUCAAAAGUCGUGGGACCUGGAGAACUGGGUGUUAGAUUUGUUCUUCCGCUGUCUCGACGAUCGGACCGCUCGAGAUCUUCGCCUGGGGGAUGGCGCGUCGGCACCAUCUCAAGUGAUCAAGGGGCUCGCCCCCGAAUCUCCGACCGACACCCACAAGGACAUGACCCGACCAUUAUCCCAUGGCAAUGAUCUCUUGCCUCUAAGCACACCCACCGAUCCUUCGCUGCAUCUGGAGGAGCCGGCGGUGAAUAUGGAUUGGUACGAGUUGUUCAACGUGGAGGGCGAUGAUGUGUUGGGACUGGCGGGCUCGUUGACGAAUCCGGACUAUCUCAACCCGCAGAACCUCGAACAUUUGUACCGAUUUUUGUAAGAUCCAAGCACCGGAUGGGGGGCAGUUCAUGACUCGCGGCCACGAGCGAACGGGAUGCGACCGUGGAGAUUCCACGUCUGCGAACUCGUGUCAUAAUGAAUUGUUCUGACGAGACGGCUCCGGAAUGUGGCGGUGGAGGAGAUACGACUCGGCCGUUUGCAUCGAGCCAUUUGAUUCGGUCGAAUCAGC